AUGCCCAGCAAAACUAAUACGGAAUUGGAAAGAUCGUUAGAAAAUCACGACCUAUGGAUGAGGGAAGAACACCAUCUAUUGGAAAUCUUGAACCUACGAAAUGAUAACUCGUUGGAAACUACAAUUGGUGUUAGAAAUAUAGAGAUCAUUGAAGUUAUAACACUGUCUACAUUAAAACUGUUAACGAUCAAAAAAGAUAAGACAAAUGAAGUGCAUUACAACGUCUGCCAAUCGCUGUGCGACAUUAGAAAAGCAGCCGAUUCACGCCAGCCAAACUCGUCCUUCAAAAUGCCAUCAAAAGAAAAACAACGGCCCAUAGUCCCCAGCAGGCCUUUAGGUGUUAGGAUUCCUGGGAAGUAUGCAAUAGCGGAGGGAUGUUGCAGAAAAAUUCAGAAUGGCCCCUCUAUGGUACUUAGACUUGGAUCACUGACUGGCCGCAGCAUGGAAAUCGCAGAAAUGCUCGAGCGUAAAAGGAUUAACAUCUGCUGCCUUCAGGAAAUCCGAUGGAAAUCGAAUGGUGUCUGUCAUGUCAACUCAGACAAAGAAAAAUAUAAACUAUUCUGGAAUGGCCAAAAGACGGCCAAAAAUGGUGUUGGAAUAUUUGUCAGAGAACCGCUAGCCCAAGAAGUACUGGAUAUUAAAAGCAUUAAUUCACGUCUCAUAUGGAUCAAGCUGCGCCUAGAAAACCUUUGUGUUGAAGAUGGCUGCUUCAAAUCAAUAGAUGAAGAUAAAGAUAUAGAGAUAAAAUACAUGUUACAAUGUUCUAUGUUCCGCGUAUGUCAGAGCUGCAAAAAUAACGAGUAA